AUGAACACUACCGCCAUUGAAGCCAAUGCUAGUGACAAAGAUGUAUGUCUCGUUGAUAGUGCAUCAACUCAUACAAUACUCAAGGAUAGAAAGUAUUUUUCGAGUUUGGUAUUUCAAGAAGCCAAUGUUCGUACAAUCUCAGGUAGUACAAAAUUGAUUGAAGGUUCCGGAAAAGCUGAUAUGGUAUUACCUGGGGGCACAAAGUUACAUAUUAAAGAAGGUCUAUAUUCUAGCAAAUCUCAUCGCAAUUUGUUGAGCUUUAAAGAUAUCCGCCAGAAUGGGUAUCAUGUUGAGACAAUGAGUGAAGGAAAUAUAGAAUAUAUUUCCAUCACAAGAGAGUGCUCAGGAAAGAAGCACACUUUAGAAAAGCUACCUGAGUUAUCUCAAGGUUUAUACUACACGCAUAUCAGCAUGAUCGAAAUGAACGCAAUUGUGAACCAAAAAGGUACAAAUUACGAUGAGUUUAUAAUUUGGCAUGACCGGUUGGGCCAUCCCGGAUCAUAUAUGAUGCGAAAAAUAAUUGAGAGCUCUUGUGGGCAUUCAAUGAAAAGCAGGCAAAUGCCCCAACCUAAACUCUCAUUUUGUGCUGCUUGUUCUCAAGGAAAGUUAAUUAUUAGACCAUCACCAGUGAAAGUAAGAAAUGAGUCUCUUGGAUUCUUAGAACGUAUACAAGGUGAUAUUUGUGGACCAAUUCACCCACCAUGUGGACCAUUUAGGUACUUUAUGGUCCUAAUUGAUGCAUCAACUAGAUGGUCACAUGUGUCGUUAUUAUCCACUCGUAACUUGGCAUUUGCAAGGCUACUAACUCAACUAAUUCGCUUGCGAGCACAUUUUCCUGAUUAUCCAAUCAAGAAAAUUCGUCUUGAUAAUGCUGGUGAAUUUACUUCUCAAACUUUCAAUGACUACUGCAUGUCAAUGGGAAUUGAUGUUGAACAUCCUGUAGCUCAUGUUCACACACAGAAUGGACUUGCAGAAUCAUUCAUCAAGCGUUUACAAAUGAUUGCAAGACCAUUACUUAUGAGAACAAAACUACCAAUUUCAUGUUGGGGGCAUGCUAUUCUACAUGCGGCAACACAUAAUUCGCAUCAGGCCAACAAGCUAUCAUAA